AUGAUAACUGAUUACAACGACAAUAAUAAUAACGAUAACAAUACCACAUCAGAUGGUUUAAACAAUAAUGGUACUGCUUCAAAAACAACCGAUAUAAAUCAUCAACAUCACCAAGACGAGAGUAGCAUCCAUAGUCCAUCUAGUGACAGUACUGCAGAAAGUUUAGAAGAAUAUAAGAAUACCCACAAUGGCACUAACUAUGAUGAAAUGCGAAGUGUUUGUAUUCAAAGAACAGCUUCUUUUGUAUCUCACACCAAUUCAAAUAUUGACCUUUCCGAAAAACACAACCAAAAAAAAGAUAACUGUUCCAUAUUAAAAUCAAAUAUAUUACCAAAAGUGGAUACUUUAUCACGUGUAUUGUCUACGCACAAAAUGUCACAGUUGGGGGAUCCAAUUAAUUUAGCCAAAAAUGAUUUUGAUUUAUACUCAAUAAUGCAACAGUUUGUUUCAAAUUCUCAGGAAGAGGGCAUUUGGAUGAGACAUGCCAGUAUAGUCAGCGAGAACUUAACUGUAUUUGGCAAAGACUCGUCUUCCUCCAUAUUACCAACGCUAACCACCUUAAUUACCAUGCCAUUCAACAAAUCAGCUUUCAAGCAUAAAGCUCCACUACGUAAGAUUAUUAAAAACGUGAAUAUUCUAGUAGAGUCUGGUGAAAUGUGUUUGGUGCUAGGAAGACCUGGUGCUGGUUGUUCCACGCUUUUGAAAAGUUUAGCUGGCCAAUUGCAUGACUACCACCAUGUGGAGGGCGAUGUUUUGUAUAAUAACAUUUCGCAGAAGGAGAUGAUGAAACAUUACCAGGGUGAUGUCAUUUAUAAUCCGGAAAUGGAUGUCCAUUUCCCACACUUGACCGUUAAGCAAACUUUGGAUUUUGCUAUCAGGUGUAAGAUACCUGCAGUUAGAGUUACUCCUAUGAAAAAAGAUCAUGUGAGCAAGGAAGAUUAUUACGUUGCUUUAAGAGAAAUUUAUGCCAGAGUUUUUGGCUUAAGCCAUGUUUUAGAUACUAAAGUUGGUAAUGAUUUUGUUAGAGGUGUUUCUGGAGGUGAACGUAAGAGAGUUUCUAUUGCAGAAGCAUUGGCUGCAAGAGGCACUGUUUAUUGCUGGGACAAUGCCACAAGGGGAUUGGAUUCGUCCACUGCAUUGGAAUACGUCAAAAGCAUCCGUAUUUUAACCAAUUUGUUGAAGUCUACCAAUUUUGUUACCAUUUAUCAAGCCGGUGAGGCCAUUUAUGAACAUUUUGACAAGGUUACUAUUUUAUACGAUGGUAGACAGAUAUAUUUUGGCAGAAUUCAAGACGCGUGUGGCUAUUUUAAAAAAUUGGGUUACGUACGCCCCUCAAGACAAACUUCAGCAGAGUACCUAACUGCAUUAACCGAUCCAAAUGGUUACCAUGAAUUUGUUAAAGGGUUUGAUAAAAAUAGAAUUCCAAUUACUGCCCAAGAAUUUGAAAGCGCUUGGACAAAUUCAGCUGAGUAUAAGGAUUUAUUAAAAAAUAUUGCUGAAUACAAGUCUAAAGUUGACGCUGAAGAAACCAAAUCCUUAUACAAUAAAAGUAUAGCAGCUGAGAAAUCCAAAUAUAGUCCCAAAAGAUCCAAGUAUACCACUUCAUUUUUAAGACAAAUCCAGUUAUGUACAAUCCGUGCUUUCCAACGUAUUGCUGGUGAUAAAGCUUUUACUAUUACUAACGUUGUUGCAGCAAUUAUUCAGUCUUUAGUUCAAGGUUCGUUAUUUUACAUGUCUCCCUCUGAUACUUCGGGUGCAUUUUCUCGUGGGGGUGUUUUGUAUUUCGCUGUCUUGUAUAAUUCUUUGAUGGCUUUGGCCAACAUGAGUUUUGAUAAUAGGCCUAUCUUAAUGAAGCACAAAAUCUAUACGUUGUACCAUCCUGCUGCUGAAGCAUUUGCAUCAUAUUUCGCCGGUUUCCCAUUUAGAAUGAUAUCCUUAACUUGCUUUAUUAUUAUUUUAUAUUUUUUGAGUGGUUUGACUGUUGGCGCCAAUAGGUUCUUUUUGAUUUACCUAUUUUUAAGUUUGGUUGCUGAGUCAAUUAACGCACUAUUCGAAUGGGUUUGUUCAGUAAUGGAUACAUUACCACAGGCCAAUGCACUAGCUGGCUUAUUAAUGUUGUCCAUAUCCCUAUAUUCUACGUAUCCUCUUCAACCCCCCUCUAUGCACCCAUGGUUUAAGUGGAUAUCAUAUGCCUUGCCCAUCAGGUACGCAUUUGAAAGUAUGUUACUAGCUGAAUUCCAUAACAGAAAGAUGGAUUGUGGUGGCACCAUAGUACCAAGUGGCGGUUCUUAUGCGGAUGUUGAUAGCCAAUAUAAAGUGUGUGCCUUUACUGGUUCCAAAAAGGGACAAUCUUGGGUAUUAGGUGAUGACUAUUUAAAGCAACAGUACACAUACAGUUAUUCCCAUGAAUGGAGGAAUUUUGGUAUUGUUAUCGGCUUUCUAUGUUUUUAUUUGUUUAUGAAAUGUUUGUUUACUGAAUUUAAAACUCCCGUCAAGGGCUCUGGUGAUGCUUUGGUUUUUAAGAAUCUGAAAGCAAUUAAGCAUAGAAACAUUUCAAAUAAAAAUGACGAGGAAAAUUAUGUAGACGACGCUGUUACCGUUAGUGACUCCAAAAAUCAAAUUUAUUCAAGUUCCUCCACUACAUCGGACAAUCAUGACGAAGAUGAUGAUAUUUUUGCUGGAUUGAGAAGUGAAGGGAUGUUUAUUUGGAGAAAUGUUUGUUUCACCAUUCCAUACAAGGGAACAGAAAGAAAGUUGUUGGACGCUGUUUCGGGUUAUUGUAAACCGGGCACCUUGACUGCUUUAAUGGGCGAAUCUGGUGCUGGUAAAACCACCUUAUUGAACACCUUGGCGCAGAGAAAUGUUGGUACAAUUACCGGAGAUAUGCUUGUUAACGGUAAACCAAUUGAUGAUAGUUUUGAAAGGAAAACUGGAUACGUCCAGCAACAGGAUAUUCAUAUUGGUGAAAUGACUGUUCGUGAGUCUUUGCAAUUUUCUGCUAGAUUAAGAAGACCAGAAAGCGUUCCAGAUUCUGAGAAAUUGGCCUAUGCAGAAAAAAUCAUCAAAGUUUUAGAUAUGACUGAAUAUGCUGAGGCCAUUGUUGGUGUUGCUGGCUUUGGCUUAAAUGUUGAACAAAGAAAAAAAUUGUCUAUCGGUGUUGAAUUGGUAGCUAAGCCAUCUCUAUUAUUAUUUUUAGACGAACCUACAUCUGGUUUGGAUUCGCAAUCCUCCUGGGCUAUUGUCCAAUUAUUAAAGAAACUAGCUGCUGCUGGCCAAUCUAUUUUGUGUACCAUUCAUCAACCUAGUGCUACCUUGUUUGAACAGUUUGAUAGAUUAUUACUUUUAAAAAAGGGUGGCCAAACAGUGUAUUUUGGUGAUAUCGGUGCAAACUCUGAAACUGUGUUGGAAUAUUUUGAGAGCAAUGGGGCCAGAAAGUGCGAAAAAUCUGAGAAUCCGGCAGAGUAUGUUUUAGAGGCCAUUGGUGCUGGUGCCACCGCUACUGCUGAUAGAGACUGGCAUGAAACUUGGCUGAACUCACCCAACUGCGCUAGAACAAAACAGGAGAUUGAUCAAUUAAUUAACGAGUUAUUUGAUGAACAAGAGGAAGAAUCGCACGAAAAACCAAGAAAGUAUGCCACUUCUUAUUUGUAUCAAUUUCGGUAUGUUUACAUCAGGUCUGCUACAACUUUGUGGAGAAAUUUGUCGUACAUUAUGUCUAAGCUAAUGUUAAUGACCAUUGGUGGUCUAUACAUUGGGUUUACCUUUUUCCACACAGGCUCAAGCUAUGUCGGUUUGCAAAACUCCAUGUUUGCUGCUUUUAUGUCCAUUAUUAUUAGUGCGCCAUUAAUGAAUCAAAUACAAGCACGUGCUAUUAGUUCCAGAAAUUUGUAUGAAGCUAGGGAAUCUAAGAGCAACAUGUUUCAUUGGAGUUUGAUGAUUUAUACUCAAUAUUUAUCGGAGCUACCUUACCAUCUAGUUUUUUCCACCAUUUUUUUUGUUUCCUUUUAUUUUCCAUUGAAAGAUGAAUUCAAAGCCUCUAUAUCCGGGGUAUAUUAUUUGAAUUAUUCGAUUGUUUUCCAAUUAUAUUUUGUUGGUUUGGGUUUGUGUGUUUUGUACAUGUCACCUAAUUUGCCAUCAGCCAAUGUUAUCAUGGGGUUGAUUUUGUCUUUGUUAAUUUCCUUCUGUGGUGUGACACAACCCAAAUCAUUGAUGCCUGGUUUCUGGACUUUUAUGUGGAAAGUUUCUCCUUAUACUUAUUUUGUUCAGAAUUUUGUUGGCCUAUUGUUACACAAUAAAAAAGUUGUUUGUAAGGAGAAGGAGCUAUCAUUUUUCAACCCUCCUCCAGGACAAACAUGCGGCCAGUAUAUGGCUGAUUUUUUCCAGGCUGGAAACACUGGUUAUAUAGUUGAUUCAAAUGCUACUACCAAUUGUGGUUAUUGUAGAUAUACUGUUGGUGAUCAAUACUUGCAUGGAAUAAGUUCUUCAUAUGGCUAUAUUUGGAGAAACUUUGGGUUUUUCUGGGUUUACAUUGGUUUUAACUUAAUAGCAAUGGCGUUUCUGUAUUAUUGGUUACAUGUUAGACAUAUCAAUGUUUUAGGUUAUCCAAUCGGCUUGAUUAAGAAGUUGGUUUCUAAAUUUAAGAAAAACAAGAAUGAUGAUGGUGAUUGA